AAUGUCAAAAUAUUCAAUUUUCAAUCUUGGUCAACAUUCCUUUGAGAUGAAUUUCAUACGUGAAAGUCAAAAAAAUUGUUGAAGUAUUUAAUUUGAAACAUUCGUUAAACCCUUUGUCAAAAUAACCAAUAUUAAAAAUCAUGAAAAAUUUAUUGAAUUCAUCUCGUUUCAACAUUAGUUUUUGGAGUCUUGAUGAGCUCCAGUGCAGAGAUAUUCCUAAGAGUCGUCUGCUGUUAUUGUACACAGUGUUGCUCUGUCGGAUUCGCAACUCCUUGUAAUCAAUCAUGGCAUUAUCCGGUGCAAUGUCAAUGCUCACCAAAUUAAUCCCGACUUAUCCAACGAUAACGACUUGUGGAGGGCAACAAGUCAGAAGUAUGUAUACUAAAUGGAAGACUAUGCGUGAUAUGAAAAGAAGAAAACUGGCAAAAGAGUAUGCUCCUGAGAGGCUUCGUCUCCUUGGCAUUAAGAGGAAUGAUGUUCUUCCUAGGGAAAUCAGAGACUUGGCCAGUAAAACUUUCGAAGAGCAGAUUCCACGACACUCUGCCAUAAGACAACUUACACCUCGAUGUGUCGUUACUUCUAGACCUCAUGGAGUACUCCAUCGUUGGAGAGUUUCUAGAUUUAUAUUCCGUCAUUUAGUUGAUUACAAUAAAAUGGGUGGUGUACAAAGAGCAAUUUGGUAGAUUUUAAAUCAUAUGUUUUAGAUGUUAAUGUUAAUCAAUGGAUUGUUGUAAAAAAAAAUCAUUAAAACUAAAUAGUGUUUAUGAAUUGAGAAA